AUGGCGGAUAGCUGGACUUCAUCCCUGGAGCUAGUUGUCGAUUUUAUUGUCCUGUCACCCAUCUUUUACAUCAGAUUCAUCAGUGACACCAAACUCAGAAACCAAACAGCUGUUUCAGAAUUCCUGCUCCUGGAACUGACAGAUGAUCCGGCACUGCAGCCGCUUCUCUUCAGCCUCUUGCUCUCCAUGUACCUGGUCACAGUGCUUGGGAACCUGCUCAUCAUCCUGGCCAUCAGCUCUGACUCCCACCUCCAUACCCCCAUGUACUUCUUCCUCUCCAACCUGUCCUUUACUGACAUCUGUAUAAGCACAAGCACCAUCCCCAAGAUAUUGGUGAAUAUCCAAGCACAGAGUUGGAGUGUCUCCUACAGAGGCUGCCUCUCCCAGAUAUUCUUCCUCAUGGCUCUUCUUGUCUUGGAAAAUUGUCUCCUCACAGCCAUGGCCUAUGACCGCUAUGUGGCCAUUUGUCACCCCCUGAUGUACACCAUCAUCAUGAAUCCUUCCCUCUGUGUGAUGCUGGUUCUGAUCUCCCUCUUCAUCAGCACUGUGAAUAGCCUCCUCCACACUCUGAUGGUGCUGCGUCUUUCCUUCUGCACAGACCUGGAGAUCCCUGACUUCUUCUGUGAACUUUCUCAAGUCAUUAAACCUGCCUGUUCUGAUACCCUCAUCAAUCAUAUUUUGAUUUAUUUUUCCUCUGUCAUAUUGGGUGGUAGUGCUGUCUUUGGGAUCAUUUUUUCUUAUGCUCAAAUUGUCUCUUGUCUUUUGAGAAUGCCAUCAGCUGGCAGAAAAUACAAAGCCCUUUCCACCUGUGGGUCUCAUCUCUUUGUUGUUUUCUUGUUCUAUGGGACAGCUUUUGGGGUGUACAUUAGCUCUGCAGUGACUGAGUCAUCCAGGAAGACAGCAGUGGCUUCAAUGAUGUACUCUGUGGUCCCUCAAAUGCUGAAUCCCUUUAUAUACAGCCUGAGGAACAGGGACAUGAAGGAAGCAUUGGAAAAAAUAUUUAGUAGAAUAAAGUUUUUAAGGUAA